UGGUCUUUCUAAUCCGUUUUGACGGCAGUUUAUAUUCCCCAACCGGACCAAACACACAGUCCAAAUCCUUUGUGCCCUAAUUUCUCAAAUCGGAAUCUUUCACUCCACCGCUCUAACCCCUAAUUCCGAUCAACGCUUUUGCCUUCGUCGCUCGCCAGUUUGUUAGCGGGAGCUCAGUUAUUCUGUUUUAUUGACGAAGUGAUAACAAAUGGAUGAUUGGGAGGAUGAGCAUAUUGCCCCUAUUGAUCUUACAUUGAAAGAUCCAGUUAAAAGUAAUUGGGAUGAUGAAGAUGUGGAUGAAAAUGAUGUGAAGGAAUCAUGGGAGGAUGAAGACGAGCCUGCUCCGGCACCUGCAGCACCUGCUGUAAAAACUACUGAAAAGGCUCCCAAAAAAUCUUCUGAUAAAGCCACUGAAAAGAAGGGUAAGACAGUAGAACCAAUAAAGGAAGAACCAUUAGAUCCUGUGGCUGAAAAACUUCGCCAACAAAGAUUAAUCGAAGAAGCAGAUUAUAAGGCCACUAAAGAAUUGUUCAGUGGGGGAAAAGAAAAAGAUGAAAAGAACCUUGACACUUUCAUACCCAAAUCUGAGAGUGAUUUCUUGGAGUAUGCAGAGCUCAUCUCACACAAGCUCCGAGCUUUUGAGAAAAGUUAUCAUUAUAUUGGCUUGCUGAAGGCAGUAAUGAGACUAUCAACGAUAUCUCUAAAAGGGGCAGAUGCCAAAGAUAUUGCAUCUUCGGUAACUGCCAUUGCAAACGAGAAGAUAAAGGCAGAAAAAGAAGCCAAUGCUGGUAAAAAGAAGAUAGGUGGGAAGAAAAAGCAACUUAAUGUCGAUAAACCUGAUGAGGAUUUUGUUCCUGCUGAUCGAUAUGAUGCUCUGGAUGAUUAUGAUUUCAUGUGAAAUUUUUUGGUUCGGUUCCAUUCAGAUUCAGUUACGGGAUUCAAGUGUUUCAACAUUGAAAGUUGGGACAAGACCCUUCGGCAUACCCUUGUCAAAUGCUAAUGAGUGCUGUCCCGUAUUUUGUCUAAUAAGAGUGUUCGUCAGUGUCUUGUUUUCUCAUUGUCAAUUUUGUCACCACCAAUAUAUGCUCGGAAGUUAGUUUAUAUGAUUUAUAGAACAAUUUGAAGAUGGACGUGGCAACAUUCGCCAUACCUUUAAACUUGGGUACAUUUUAUGUUCUUGGAUUCUAGGAAUAGAACUCGACCUUUUCUUGUUAAGGGAACUUGCCAUUGUCUUUUUUGUUAAUGUGUUGGAUGUUGACAGCAUUGUUACCAACUGCAUGAGAAUGAACAUGUCUUGUUUGAUGUGCACUA